CGGAGUUUAGAGAGAAUUGUUCUGUGCCCAUCAACAAACUCGUUUCUCACGGCGGUGUUCUGAUGACAGAAAUUCAUUCUCUUUCUUUCUGCGCGCAGCCCGACCCGACCAGGCCAUCAUAUUCAAAACUGACGACGACGUCGGUCGACUUUUUUCUCUUUGCCUUUGUGUCUGUCUAGUCUAGGGUUUCAAACAAAAAACCAACCACCACAACACUAGCCACCCAGGAUGAAUAAUAGCAACGUCAACGGCGCUGCAAAGCAGCGAGACAAAUACAUCGUUGUAUUUGACAAAGACGAUGAAGACAUCACUAUGAUACCAGAAGAAAAAUUCUUGUCCUUCCGUAGGCCCUUCUGUAGAUCCGAUGGAUCAGUAUUUCACCACAUUGUCAACAACCCCGACUUCGGUCAGAAAUGGUGUUUACAAGAUAAGACAUCUUCAUUUACUUCUGUCAGUCAGAGUUCCUAUUCAUCAGGCACUAAGGAUACUGAAAGGUCCAUAUGACAUCAUCCGCACAGGGCAUCAUGUUAAUGGGAUUUGCACAAAAUACAGGAUCACGAGGGAUAUAUAUCAUAAUCGGAAGAAACGUCUCAUGAAUAUCCCCAUAAAGGAACUUGAAGAACUGGUAGGCUGUGAAAUUUAUAUGCGCCCAAAGAAUGACUUGGUUGUCGCCAUUGGGGGUUCAGAUCGAGAAUUGAAGCUAGUGAGGCAGAUUGUGUCCGCCUGCAUUGUACGCACAGUGCCUCAUAGUGUCAAGGGAUUGAGAGAUUAUCUUAAGAUGUUCUUGGGUAUUAAAAAGUUGAGUUUAUGAUGAAUAAUGUUUUACAUUAUCCAGUAGCUAUAUUUUCUUCAAUUAUUGUAAAGACAGUGAGUUAACUUAUGAGUGCUGACGUCAUACGAUCACACUUCUCUCAUUUUGGUGGGUUGUUGGAUCAAAACCAUUUUCCUUUCCCUUUGGAGUAUUAUGAGUGAUCAGAAGCCUUUACAACUUAUCUUUUCUUUGUAUUUCCUCUAGUUUCGUUCUCUCCUAAUA